GGCUUGGGGCGUGGCUCGUCUCUGGGCGUGGCUUCUGUGGGGGCGGGAUUCUGGAAUGUGCCCCAGGCGAGCAGUCCAGUUAAGUGGAGGAGCAAGGCCAUGGCGGUGAGCCUAAGGAGGCUGCUGGCCGCGAUGCUAGCGGUCGCCGCAGCCGUCGCCUUGCGGGCUGCCGCGGAGUCUGAGCCGGGAUGGGACGUGGCAGCCCCUGACCUGCUUUACGCAGAGGGGACCGCGGCCUACGCGCGCGGGGAUUGGCCCGGGGUGGUCCUGAACAUGGAGCGGGCGCUGCGCUCACGGGCGGCCCUGCGUGCCCUCCGCCUGCGCUGCCGCACACGCUGUGCCACCGAACUGCCGUGGGCGCCAGACCUCGAUCUCGGUCCGGCCCCCAGCCUGAGCCAGGACCCGGGCGCCGCCGCCCUGCACGACCUGCGCUUCUUCGGAGCCGUGCUGCGCCGUGCCGCCUGCCUGCGCCGCUGCCUCGGGCCGCCCUCUGCCCACUUGCUGAGUGAAGAACUGGACCUGGAAUUCAACAAGCGGAGCCCGUACAACUACCUGCAGGUCGCCUAUUUCAAGAUAAACAAAUUGGAGAAAGCUGUGGCCGCAGCACACACCUUCUUUGUGGGCAAUCCUGAACACAUGGAGAUGCGGCAGAACCUCGACUAUUACCUAGCGGUCGCCGCAGCCGUCGCCUUGCGGGCUGCGGCGGAGUCUGAGCCGGGAUGGGACGUGGCAGCCCCUGACCUGCUUUACGGGCCCUGCGUGCCCUCCGCCUGCGCUGCUGCACACGCUGUGCCACGGAACUGCCGUGGGCGCCGGACUUCGAUCUCGAUAAACAAACUGGAGAAAGCUGUGGCCCCAGCACACACCUUCUUUGUGGGCAAUCCUGAACACAUGGAGAUGCGGCAGAACCUCGACUGUUACCAAACCAUGUCUGGGGUGAAGGAGGAAGACUUCAAGGAUCUUGAGGCCAAGCCUCAUAUGCUGACAGGGUGGGCUUCUUUAACAUGUUCCUCUUUGAACUGCCUCUACUUUAUUACUGUCUCCUUUUCUCUUCCUUCUGCUGCUUGGAUCCUAGUAGGGGACCCAGGGAAAAGAUGUGACCCCGAAAGGGACUCAGUUUCCCGGCUCUGGAAUGCCCAGGAAUACCACCACCGAAGCCUGCUGGAGAAAGAACUGCUUUUCUUCGCAUAUGACAUUUUCGGAAUUCCCUUUGUGGAUCCGGACUCAUGGACUCCAGAAGAAGUGAUUCCCAAGAGACUGCAGGAGAAACAGAAGUCAGAACGUGAAACUGCAGUCCGCAUCUCCCAGGAGAUUGGCAACCUUAUGAAGGAAAUUGAGACCCUCGUGGAGGAGAAAACCAAGGAGUCCUUGGAUGUGAGCAGACUGACGCGGGAAGGUGGUCCCUUGCUGUAUGAAGGCAUCAGUCUCACCAUGAACUCCAAAGUCUUGAAUGGCUCCCAGCGGGUGGUGAUGGAUGGUGUGAUCUCUGAUGAUGAGUGCCAGGAGCUGCAGAGACUGACCAACGCAGCAGCAACUUCAGGAGAUGGCUACCGAGGUCAGACCUCCCCACACACCCCAAAUGAAAAGUUCUACGGUGUCACCGUCCUCAAAGCUCUCAAGCUCGGGCAGGAAGGGAAAGUUCCGCUGCAGAGCGCCCGCAUGUACUACAACGUGACUGAGAAGGUGCGGCGCGUCAUGGAGUCCUACUUCCGCCUGGACACGCCCCUCUACUUCUCCUAUUCACACCUAGUGUGCCGCACUGCAAUAGAAGAGUCCCAGGCUGAGAGGAAGGACAGUAGCCACCCCGUCCACGUGGAUAACUGCAUCCUGAAUGCCGAAUCCCUCGUGUGUAUCAAGGAGCCCCCAGCCUACACAUUCCGGGACUACAGCGCCAUCCUUUACCUCAAUGGGGACUUCGAUGGAGGAAACUUUUACUUCACUGAACUAGAUGCCAAGACUGUGACAGCAGAGGUGCAGCCCCAGUGUGGAAGGGCUGUGGGAUUCUCUUCUGGCACGGAGAACCCACAUGGAGUGAAGGCUGUCACCAGGGGGCAGCGCUGUGCCAUCGCCCUGUGGUUCACGCUGGAUCCUCGGCACAGUGAGAGAGACAGGGUGCAGGCAGAUGACCUGGUGAAGAUGCUGUUCAGCCCAGAAGAGGUGGACCUCCCCCAGGAACAGCCCCUGCCUGGCCAACAGGACUCGCCAAAGCCUGGAGAAGAGUCUCUGUCAGACAGAGAGUCACGGCACAAGGAUGAGCUAUGACAGCAGCUCUGUCACAGUUGGGUAUUGUUGGACUCAUGGGGGGGACCUUGGUCCUGCAGCCUGGACUUCCUGGCCCUUCAAGGCUGCAGAGUGAGGGGCACUUCUGUUUGCUGCCCAGCCAGAGGGUCCUGCCCACAGCCUUCUGCAUGGUGCUACUGUUCUUGGAGCGGGCGUGGCAGGACACACUCUUCUCUGAGCUUGGCUGAAGGAAGGCUCAGGAUGCUGCAGGCCCAGAACUAACCUGGGGCCUAGGUAGGCAGCUGCCUGUCAGCAGCAUGGUAUAUUUAAGUGUCUGUAUAGACAACCAAAGAAUAAAUGAUUUGUCUUUUUUUCACUUAGUGGUUUGUUCCAAGAGAGGAAACGUUUCCUCUUUUCCCCAGAUGCAGAGCUUGGUAGCAGCUACUCUGGGUAGUGCAUCAUGCUUGGUAGCAGCUACUCUGGGUAGUGCAUCAUGCUUGGUAGCAGCUACUCUGGGUAGUGCACCAUGCUUGGUAGCAGCUACUCUGGGUAGUGCAUCAUGCUUGGUAGCAGCUACUCUGGGUAGUGUAUCACAGCACAUACCACAAAGGAAUUCCUUUGUAACCUCAGGCCAAAUAACCCAGGUAACUUGGACUGUUACCAUAGAAGGGGCAUCUUGGUCCUCACUGUGCCUACCUUCUGUGGGAACUGGGUGGCCCAGAUACAGCACCCAGUAUGGCAACACUUCAUUAGCUUUAAAGCUUUAAACAUCUAGAUUGUUACUAAUCCUCUCUGGCAGAGAGCAGCAGUCAGUGCAGCUCUGGCACAGCAGGCAGCUGCAUCAUGCUUCCUGCUCUGCUGGAUGGCCUCAGAGCCCCGACCUGACUGGAGAUUCAGCUCCUCUGGCCACAGUGCUGGCACAAAGCCCACUCCCUUCGCCACACCUGAAAUGCUUUUGUACAGAGUGUAGGAGCCGACGUCUGAGCAAUCGUUACGUCAGUCGCACUAUUUAUUUAGUGAGCGCCAGCUUGUUGCUGGGAAUAUGAAAGGGAGCAAAGCAAGCCUGCUCCUCUCAGAGCUUGUACGUUAUAGGGGGAUACACAAUAAAUAUGUAAAUAUGUA